CCAGUCAGCAAACGAAGGGCGCCAACCAUUGCAGAUAAGCAAACUAUCUUCAAAUCCCAUCACACACGUGUCACCCAUCUAAUAUUUAUCAAUAUCUCCGAAAGCUCCUGGUCUUACUUUCCUUAGACUUGCCGCUGAAAUUUUGGUUAGAGGACGGACUUGAUCUCACUUACCAACCGUUAGAGUCAACUGUUACAAGCACAUAGACGGAGUUUGAACGAAGAUGACUACAGCUUGUCUCUGUUCACCCACCGCAACUCAGAUCAAUGGCUUUGGAGGAGCCCUCAAGCUCCAAAAGACCAAUCUUUAUCAACCUGCUUCACUCCCUUUAACAACGAGGAAAAUUCAAACUGUAGUGAAAGCAUCAUCUCGGGUUGAUAAGUUUUCGAAAAGUGACAUUAUUGUUUCUCCAUCAAUUCUCUCUUCUAAUUUUGCAAAGUUGGGAGAACAGGUUAAAGCAGUGGAGGUGGCUGGUUGUGAUUGGAUUCAUGUUGAUGUUAUGGAUGGUCGAUUUGUUCCUAACAUUACAAUUGGACCUCUUGUGGUUGAUGCCCUGCGCCCUGUCACUGAUCUUCCUUUGGAUGUGCAUUUGAUGAUUGUUGAACCUGAGCAACGAGUUCCUGAUUUUAUUAAGGCUGGAGCUGACAUAGUCAGUGUCCACUGUGAGCAAUCUUCCACCAUUCACUUGCAUCGUACACUUAACCAAAUAAAGAGUUUGGGAGCUAAAGCUGGAGUUGUCCUAAACCCUGCUACCCCACUGAGUGCAAUUGAAUGUGUCCUUGAUGUGGUUGAUCUUGUGUUGAUUAUGUCUGUAAACCCGGGCUUUGGUGGGCAAAGCUUUAUUGAGAGCCAAGUAAAGAAAAUCUCAGACUUGAGGAGAAUGUGUGUAGAGAAGGGACUAAACCCAUGGGUUGAAGUAGACGGUGGAGUAGGUCCAAAAAAUGCAUACAAGGUUAUUGAGGCUGGAGCAAAUGCAUUGGUUGCUGGUUCAGCUGUCUUUGGAGCUAAAGACUAUGCUGAAGCCAUAAGGGGUAUCAAGACCAGCAAAAGACCGGAAGCAGUUGCAGUGUGAUUUACGACCUUUGAAAGAUUUGAUUUGAUUCAGUUGUGAUGUCUGUUUCUCUCAUUCCCACAUGUGCAGGAUUAGAUAAGCAGCCUAUUGCUGGGUUCAUGUUAUUAUCAGAUCUGUGGUCACCUGGUAAGUGUAUCUGGUAUCUGGAUAAGUUAAUAAGAAAUGAAGCCCGCGGCAAGGGCUUCGCUGUGAGGCAUACUCUGUACCAUGCCAAUUAUAGGGAUCGAAUAAUUCAAGUGUCUCUUCAUAAACAUAAUAACCUUAAUUGUAAUUAUAUUAAAAGGUCGAGGAAAAUAUUAGUACUUAUAAAUACAA